AUGAAGGGCAAGCAAAGGGUUUCCUGUAGGGGGGACUCUGGUGCUGGAGGGAGGCCCUGUGAUGUGACCCUGUUUUUCUGUCACCAGGCCCUCCUGGCCCUGCCGCUGCUGCUGCUUCUCUCAAUUCCCCGCUGCGCCACCCAGGUUUCCGGGAUCCGGGGAGAUGCUCUGGAGAAGUCUUGCCUUCAGCAGCCCCUGGACUGUGACGACAUCUACACCCAGGGCUACCAGACAGAUGGCGUGUACCUCAUCUACCCCUUGGGCCCCAGCGUGCCUGUGCCUGUCUUCUGUGACAUGACCACUGAGGGCGGGAAGUGGACGGUUUUCCAGAAGAGAUUCAAUGGCUCAGUGAGUUUCUUCCGGGGCUGGAACGACUACAAGCUAGGCUUUGGCCGCGCCGAUGGGGAAUACUGGCUGGGUAAGGUGGGACUCAGAUGGGCUGGGGGCUGCCCCAGGGCCAGAUCCUUGCUGACUAGCUGCCCCUCCUCCCCAGGGCUGCAGAACUUGCACCUCCUGACGCUGAAGCAGAAGUACGAGCUGCGAGUGGACUUGGAGGACUUUGAGAACAACACGGCCUACGCCAAAUACGUCGACUUCUCCAUCUCACCCAACGCGGUCAGUGCUGAGGAGGAUGGCUACACCCUCUACGUGGCAGGCUUUGAGGACGGCGGGGCAGGCGACUCCCUAUCUUACCACAGUGGCCAGAAGUUCUCCACCUUUGACCGGGACCAGGACCUCUUUGUGCAGAACUGUGCGGCCCUCUCCUCAGGAGCCUUCUGGUUCCGCAGCUGCCACUUUGCCAACCUCAAUGGCUUCUACCUGGGUGGCUCCCACCUCUCCUAUGCCAACGGCAUAAACUGGGCCCAGUGGAAGGGCUUCUACUACUCUCUCAAGCGCACUGAGAUGAAAAUCCGCCGGGCCUGAGGGGCUGGCCCCAUCAGGCCCCAACACGCCCCUGGCUGCUUUGGGUUUCCAUGAGUGCUCCCUCUGCUGUAGCCACCCCCAUCUUUGUCAGUUCUGUUGCUCUUAGCACCUGCUUCUCACAGGGGGCCUUAUGGCUCUAGCCCCAGCUGAUCCUAUAAUUUCCUGGGCACCCAUCUCUAAGCCAAGCCUCUGCUCCCCACCACCUGAGGCUAUACUGCUAGCAGCUUCCCAGGCCUCCUCUGAAAGGCACAGCCAGCCUGGAUCUGGCUGGGCUCCACACAACUCUUAUUUGCCUCCACCCUAUUCCAAAGGCUGAGAGUCAGGAGCUGCUCUCCCAGGCUGCAAGCUUUUGUGUUCCACCUUAGCCAGCUUCCUUACUGUGGGCUCCUCCAUCUGGGGCCACCCUAGUGUGCUACUCUGAGCUGAUGCAGUCUGACCAACACCCACAGAGUAUGCCAGACCACCUGCAUGUGGCCACUAAUGCCACACCCCAGCAACCUCCCUAGCUGUUCUUAGAAUCUCUCACAUCCUUCGCCUCCCUCCCACCAGCUUAUUCUCUAGCGGUAAGCACCAUGGACCCCCCCAGCCCCACCUCACUAUCAUAUCCAGUUUCCCCCACCUGACUGUCCCAGGCCCGUAAAGCUCAAUGCCAAAACUGUAUUUUACCACAGCUACUGCUCGCCACCUGAAAACAGCCACAAUCAAGGUAGGCAUAAACAUGAGGUUCUCCCACCCAGGCCAGGGUUGAGGUCUGACCAUGUCAAGGGGCAGAGGACAACUUCUGUGGGGCUGGAAGCAGGUGGGGAGUGGGCAGUCUCAAUAAACC